GGGGGGGUCGGGGCAAGAGGGGGAAGGCAAGAGUCUGUGGCUUCCGCGUCCGAAUACAAUGGCGAAGACGGCAGUCGCGGCCAGCUAAGGGAGUGUGACAGGUGCCGGGUGCACAGGGGAGCCAGCCAGCGCCAGUGGCUCUGACCGACCGCCCGUCUCUGCUGUGGGCUGGUCCCAGCACGGCGGUUCCUUCCCUUAUCUGUCAAUCCUGAUGCAACAACCGAACCGGUAGGGUGUCUAGCCAUCCUCCUCACCAGGCAAGCCUGAUGGGGGAGCCAGUUUAGUCGCCGACCACCCGACUAUGCGACAGGUAGUACUGGGUUACAUGGUACCAGUAGCACUCAGGCGAGUGACCUGACCAAAAGUCUACCAUUACUGCAGGACUUGCCUGUGUCCAGGACAAAGAAGUGGGUACAAUGGGAAAAGUUGCAGCAUCACAGACUACGUUCGGAAACACACAGAAUAUAAAUAAGUGAUGACAGUGCAAACAAGUCCGCAGUCUGAGAUAAGUCCAUGGUAGUACAAGAAGUGCUCUGUCGUAUUCUGCUACUCAGUGACCAGAUCUGAUGCAGCAUCUGAUGUGGAAGGUCUCAUCAUGGGGAGUCAUGAUGGAGAUCCUGUUGCCAACCUUCUUGAGCUUUUCACUUGUCACCAUCUGGUUGCCAGUGGUUGCACAGAACGGACUCACCUGUGCUCUGAACAUCGAGACUUCUGCAUUUGAGCCUCCAGCUGACAACCUGGAUGGAAAGGACAAGGAAGGAAAUAUGAGAUUAGACACAGAGCGGAGAACUUUGACCUGGGCAGUGCACUUAACGCUUGGAAAUGAUUCUGGUAGAAGUGAGGCGCAGUCACUGGAUCAGCUUGCAGACAAGCUUGCAGAGUUUACGGGCCUUGAGAACAGGGGGCAGAUUGGGGAACUGGCUGGCCACUACCUUUUUGCUCUCCCAUCACAUCAACGUAACCAUGGUGACCUGGAGGAGGAGACUGAGAGAAUCAGGAAGUCCAUUGAUGCUUUGCUUGCCCAACAUGACAGUGUGAGGUGGCAUUCUGAGCAAAAGCUGCUGAAACGUUCCAAGCGGAGCCUGCACUUCAGUGACCCAAAGUACCCAUUCCAGUGGCACUUGCACAAUCGGAGAAAGCGUGGGAUGGACAUCAACGUCACUGGGGUGUGGGAGCGCAAUGUCACUGGUGAAGGUGUGACAGUGGUGGUGGUCGAUGAUGGUGUUGAAUACACCAUAGAGGACAUACAGGCCAAUUAUUCUCCUGAAGGAAGCUAUGACCUGAAUUCGAACGAUGAGGAUCCCAUGCCUCACCCUGAUGAACAUGGUGAUAAUCACCACGGUACUCGAUGCGCCGGUGAGAUUGCUGCUGCCCCAAACAACUUCUGUGCAGUUGGUGUGGCUUUUGGAAGCCGUAUUGCAGGUAUCCGUGUGCUGGAUGGACCCUUGACCGACAGCAUUGAGGCAAUGGCUUUCAACAAGCACUUUCAGAUCAAUGACAUUUAUAGCUGCAGCUGGGGUCCAGAUGACGACGGGAAGACUGUGGAUGGUCCACACCCACUUGGGAAGGCUGCAUUACAGCAUGGUGUCAUGGCAGGCCGUCAGGGCUUUGGAAGUAUUUUCGUGGUGGCCAGUGGCAAUGGAGGGCAGUAUGAGGACAACUGUAACUAUGAUGGUUACGCAAACUCCAUCUACACCGUUACCAUCGGGGCAGUGAAUGAAGAAGGUCACAUGCCAUUCUACGCUGAGGAGUGUGCUGCCAUGCUGGCAGUCACCUUCAGCAGUGGUGACAAGAUGAUGCGAAGCAUUGUGACCACCGACUGGGACAUGCAGGAGGGCACUGGCUGCACAGACGGACACACUGGGACCUCUGCUGCUGCCCCACUGGCAGCGGGAAUGAUUGCGUUAAUGCUCCAGGUUCGCCCAUGUCUCACUUGGCGGGAUGUCCAGCACAUCAUUGUCUUCACUGCUACACGGUUUGACCUCGUCGCUAGAUGGGAAGUAAAUGAAGCUGGAUUCAGCCACAGUCACCAGCAUGGAUUUGGACUGCUCAAUGCCUGGCGCAUGGUGAAUGUAGCAAAGAUCUGGGAGUCAGUGCCAUUCCUCAGCUCUUACGCCAGUCCUGUUGAGAAAGAGGGAAAGCUCAUCCCCCUUCACCCUCACAAGCUGGAGAUCACGUGGAACGUAACUGCCGAUGACUUGCACUUGUCGGGCAUGAAGACUCUGGAACACGUGGCCGUGACCGUGACCAUAUCACACCCAGCUCGUGGUGCCCUGGAGCUGACACUCUACUGCCCCAGUGGGAUGUCGUCGCUUAUUGGAGCGAAACGCCUGAUGGACAGAGAUGAUUCUGGCCUCACUGACUGGAUGUAUUCCACAGUGCGAUGCUGGGGUGAGAGGGCACAAGGCAUCUACAAGUUGGUCAUUCGUGAUUUGGACACCGACCCUCAGCGGAAAGGUGGAUUCCUCAAUCAAUGGCAGCUCACACUGUACGGUUCUUCCUGGUCAUUUGAAGAUGUCAAGCAACGCCAGAGGGUGGUUGAAGAAGCUAUGAGUGGACAAUUCCUGAACGACAGCUUUUCAUUGCCUUGUCCCCCUGGACUGGAGAUCUCAGAUCAGGAAUGGAAUUAUAUGACUCCCAACACACUCAAGAUGCUGUUACUCCUGGGUUGUUUUACCAUUUUCUGGUCCAUAUAUUACACCCUAGAGGUUAUUUUCUACCCCAGGAAAGACUUCAAGUUCAGCCUGCAGUAUAACUCUAGCCGGGGACCUUAUCGAAUGCUGCGUGGAGUGGAGGCAGGUAAGUAUCAGUCUGAGUUAAUCCCACUGCAAAGUGUGAACUGCACUGACAAUGGGCAACAGCAGAUAACGGACAACGAGGAAGACAGUCUGCUUAAAAUGGAGGAAGUGAAUCCUAAUUACAGCAUGCAAAAUGUCGCCUUAACUGUAACUGACACCGGACUAGCUGAAGAACGGUCAGUCCCAAACAAUCAAGAUGAUCAUAAGGACAGUGAGAAGACAACCUUGCUUUGCUCCUUUGACAAUAAAACAACUAACCAGUCAGUGAAUCUACUGUGAUCACACGUGAAAAUAAGGCAGAUCCGCAAUGGCUGCCGGAAUUCAACCAACACGGACCAACAAAUUGGAUGUGGAUAUUAACUGUCUGCUUGCCAAGUGGAUCAGGCCUAUCAUUAUAGAACAGUCAACACGGUAUACCUAACUCUUUUGUUUCAGUUUUUUUGCCCCCCUUGCUUCCAUUCCCCUGUGUUCUUUCCCACAUGACUUCUUCUCCAUUCUCUAUUCCGCCUCUCUACACCUUACCUAUACCUCCUGCUUUACUUCCCACUCUUUCUCAGUCUUUUCUCAUCCAUCAAUCUCUCUCUCUGCCUACCUUUCCUCUUUCUUUCAUCUCUCCCACCCCUAUCCCUGCCUUUCCUCUUCCUUCUAUCUCUCACACCUCUCUCUAACUUUCCUCAUCCAUCCAUCUCUCCCUCUCUUUCCCUCUGCCUUUCCUCAUCCAUCCAUCAUUCCCACCUCCCUCUACCUUUCCUCUUUCCUUCCAUCUCUCCCUCUCUGCCUUUCCUCUUCCUUCCAUCUCUCCCUCUCUGCCUUUCCUCUUCCUUCCAUCUUUCCUUCUACCUUUCCUUAUCCAUUAAUUUCUCCCUUUCUUUCCCUCUGCCUUUCCUCAUCCAUCCAUCAUUCCCACCUCCAUCUCUGCCAUUUCAGUGGCAAGUCUCUGCAAGAGAUUGUGCUACAGUAGGUCAUGAAACUUUAUUUUUAAAAAAGGUCUGCCUUCAUUCUGACUAUGAUUAUCAGUUGGAAAGUUUCUGUUUGUCACUGGACUUGCUAUACAUGACGUUGCAUUCACCCUUCUACAUCCUGAAAUGGUAAAUUGAUGUGAGAUGGAACCUGCCCAUGCAGAUACAGCCUCCUGAUCAUUGUGGGUUAUGUAAUAAUUUACUUUGCUGUCCUCCUAGUCAGAAUGGAAGCUGCGUUUCAAAUUACUGCUCACUUGAAUUCAGGCUUUUACGUGAGUGAAACGCAGUCCAAAAUAUCAUAUUUUGUGCAUGUACUUGAGAUUACUUUUAGCGGUACAUUCAUGCCAAUCAGAGGAUGAAGUCUAUUACACGUAUUUGGUAUAAAAUGGCUUUUGUCAUUGGAAUCCCUCAGAGAACAGUGAGUGAUCACAUUGUACAGACACAAAUCCUAUUUGUUUUGUCUUUUAUUUCAAACAGAAAGACCAAUUCCUUAAGGCCAUUUCCCCUACUGGGCCUUAGGCUGGUGAUUUCAGCUUGCCAGAGUCCUCUGACCUGGGUCCGUUUUCCCUUCCUCUCCCAGGAAUGAGGCCUUUCCAGCUUCUGUUGGUGUUUCUGUAGCUCUGGUUUUUUACAGGAUGGGGUUGCUAGCCCCUUGCCCAACCCUCUUUCUUUCACAGUUGGACGUGGGACUGUCCAUGGCAGAGUUAGAUGAUAAAUUAGCUGAGACAUAUUCCAAAUAAUGACACAGUGCAAUAAGUUCUGGGAGACACUUGGUUAUUUUACUAAUAUGGUACAAGUUAUCUCUCUGUAUAACCUCAGCAAGACAACCAAUACCAGACAGUACAAUUACAGUGAAAAUUGUCCAAGUACCUCAAAUUAGUAGUUAGAUAUGAUGGUAAAUCUGCAAUUCACCUUUGGCAAGGUGAUAAUUGAAAAGUCAGUAUUUCCGGUGCUUUCCUAGAUAUGUAAUUGGGAGCUUCCAUAACCUUCCCCAUUUCAGAAAUGGAUUCUGUUCAUUAGCAGUGACUCAGACAGUGAUUUAACCAGUGAUUAUACAGAUGAGCAUCACUGGUUAAACUGGAUUAGUCUACAUUAAUAAACAGGGGUAAAAGGGAGAGUGCGUAAACCCAUGGGUGAGUGAGAUAUUGUCAUCUUUUGCUGAAAGUUGUUUGGUCCUGUCAUGACCAGCAUUUUAUCUUUUGCUCAAACAGCAAAUGUUCCCUCUACGAAAGAGCAUCAUUGUCCAACACAGUGUCUUCUGGGAUUUCUAGUCUAGAUUUAAGGUGAUUGAACCCCAGCGAAUGUCAAGGAAAUAUCUACCAUUAUGUCAUUGCAGGAGUUUGACUUGUUUCAUUCAGUAGUGAACAUAAAAUAUGCAACAAGGAAGUUAAUCCAAGGAACUGCUACAGUAAAGGGUGGAGAGAGCCUGGGAGGGUUUUCAGUCCAUUCUUCAAGCUUAUCCUCAUCGUCCAAAUCUCUAACAAAAUCUAACAGACUUCCUGUGGAGUUUGGAGUCUGACUGGGGAGGCUGUUAUUGGCUUAUCUUACUUCCAUAUAUUAUGGAAUCGUUGUUCAAAGAUGAGAAACUUCCUACAAUUUCUGAGUAUUGUGAUUUUUUUUUGCUUGUUCAUCUCCAUGUUCUUGACAUAGAGGGCUAAUCAAAUUAGAUUUAUUUCUUUGUGGUAUAUGAGUGAAAGCUGGUAAUAUCAAAUAUUCCAGGAGUUUCGUAACAGCUGGCUCUCAGGAGAGAAGCAGGCAUCUCAGUCUGUGUUACAGAGCCUAGAGUUUUCUCUAAAUCACUAACAUCUUGAAAAGUGGAAUCAUUGCUGUGUCACUCAGGGUUGCUGUUUGAAUUUUUGUGAAAUUAAUUGUCUGACUAAUUACAACAUGUGGAUCAGUCAAACUACUGCCUCUUGGUUUGCAGAACCAGAUAUCCAAUGGUGACGGGUUUUUAUUUUAGGGGUAUAAAUGUUAAAUUGUUUAAAGUUGUGCAAUCAGUUUAUUGACAUGAGUGAAUGUAAGUCACUGGUCAUCAUGAAUUUAAUUGUCUCGAGGAAUGCACUGAUCAAUGUUUUCAUGUCACUGCCCACAGGUUUGGCAGAAUUGUUAUCCCUUUGAUUCUUAACAUA